UGCGCCCUCUUGCGAUUCCUAACACAUGCCGGUUGAUAGUUUCCGGUAGUAUGGCGACUGCAUCCAUAAAUGCAACCACUGUCUCUUCUUAGUUUCUCCAAGGAGGUGCUGAGAGCCAGUGUGGUUCCUUCCAUGUGGCUUGAGGGACUAUGCUGCUGCUGGUAGCUCUGUGCCUGGUCUGCACUUAUAAAACCAUCUCGGCCGCAGACAGCGGGCAGGACAGCAGCCACACGCCACAGCUGGACUACAGCAGCCUGGCGCUGCCUCAGCAACAUAUUCCUUUCUUUCUGCAUAACAACAAACGACUGGCCAAACUCUGCAAGGAGGACCCACUUUGCCCUUUUAAAGAUGCUCUGCUGCUCAAGAAGGCCUGCUGGGGUUAUGAAAAGAGCUGCUCCCCUGAGCACAGGUUCAGCUAUCCUGUGUGCACCAGUCUUGACUCGGGAUGGGCAAACUCUAUUCAGGCAGCCCAGGAACUCUUUUGGAAGCAGGCAGAUUUUGGUUAUGUGAGGGAGCGUCUCAGUGAGAUGAAGACUUUGUGCAAGCCGUUGACUCCUGGUGAUUCCUCUCUGAAGUGCACCAGUCAUAUGCGGUUCUGCAGGGCCAUAAACCUAUACCUGGACUUGAGGAGUCCCCGCAGAGGUCAUGAGAGGUAUAAAGAGGAUUUCCUGGAACAGGGUGAGAUCGGUGGUCACUGCAGCCUUAAUAGUAAAGCACUAGCUGCAGAAGGGACACACAAGAGUCCUCUUCAGUCUUGGUUUGCUGAACUGGAGACAUACUCAGAGCUUGACUUCCACCCCCUGAAUGAUGGCCACUGUGAUGUUAUAAUCGACAGACCAACCGUCUUCAUGAAGCUGGAUGCAGGAGUGAACAUGUACCAUCAUUUCUGUGACUUUGUCAAUCUCUACAUUUCUCAGCACCUCAACAAUUCCUUCAGCCGUGACAUAAACCUUGUCAUGUGGGACACAAGUUUGUAUGGAUAUGGCGACCUGUUCAGCGAAACGUGGCAGGCUUUUACCGAUUAUGACAUCAUUCACCUCAAAAACUUUGACUCCAAAAGGGUGUGUUUCAGAGAUGCGUUUUUCUCACUCCUUCCAAGAAUGCGAUAUGGCCUUUUCUACAACACUCCUCUUAUCUCUGACUGCCACAGCGAGGGGCUGUUCAAGGCGUUUUCCCAGCAUGUACUUUAUCGACUUGGUGUCUCACAAGAUGGACCAAAGGAGGGCCAAGUCCGUGUCACACUGUUGGCAAGAAGCACUGAGUACCGUAGGAUAAUAAACCAGCAGGAGCUUAUCAAUGCCCUGAAGACUGUGCCUUUAUUCGAGGUCAAGCUGGUGGAUUACAAAUACAAGGAGAUGCCAUUUCUGGAGCAGAUCCGCGUCACGCACAACUCUGAUAUCUUCAUUGGGAUGCAUGGAGCCGGACUGACCCACCUCCUCUUUCUUCCCGACUGGGCUGUCAUAUUUGAAUUAUACAACUGUCAAGAUGAGAGCUGCUACCGUGAUCUGGCCCGACUGAGGGGAGUCCAUUACAUGACUUGGCAGAAAAGGGACAAAGUGUUCCCCCAGGAUAAGGGUCAUCAUCCUACUCUUGGGGAACAUCCUAAGUUUACAAACUACAUUUUUGAUGUAGAGGAGCUCAUGCGGUUAGUCCUUCUUGCGGCUGAACAUGUGACCCGGCACCCGGCAUGGCGCGCAAAACAGGCCCGAGAUGAACUGUAGGCUGUAAGACACAGUGCUCUCCUGCCAGGCAAUAGAUGAACACACUCCUACCAACUCUCUGCACUCUGUAAAUGUAGCCGUGCUAAUGAAAAGCGCAUGGCUAAUAUGUGAGAACACAUUUUAAAUCAGAAAAACAAAAAAACAAAACCAUCUGCGCUGUUACUGAUCCUCAAGCUGUUACGUUCUGCACGUGGAGAUGCUGAGUACCUUGUUUAAGGACUCAGACAUAUUGGUUUGACAUAUUGUUGAUGUAUUUUGUGUGGUCUAAUAUACCUCUCCUCAAGUAUAUAUGGGCUUUUUUUUAGAGACUACACUUUUAAACUUGAUUUGAGUGCAGCUUUUUUUUCCUAUAAAGGCAAAAGGUUUUAAUUUCAACAUGGGGAGUAAAUUCCAGGUCAGUAGAUCAUUACAAGGUUGUAAGACGUCUUUAAACAGCACUUUUUAUUCUGAAAAUCAAGUGAUUGGGUACUGAACUGACGUUGAGGUCAUCCACAUAGUUUGGUAGCAUUUUUAACAAACGUCAAACCACAUUUAAAGCAUUUUUAUUUUGUUUUUUUAAUGCAUUGAGGCAAAGAAGAUUAAAGCAGCUUCAUAUUUAUUACAGUGUCAGUUACUUUUUAAUUGGUAUUCAGUGAAAAUAGUCAUUUUGUAAAUGUUCAACUAUGUUAAGGGAUUCAUGACUCCAGUCCUGUUGAUAUUAUUUCAGUAUUACUCCAUUUUCUAAAGUAUUUUUUGAUCAGUGUUAAGAUCCUCAGACUCUUCAAAAAGUGGCUAAACAGUAACAAAAGUUGCUGAAUUUUAAGUGCUGGUUUGAGUUGAAGACAAAAUAUUUAAUCAAUUCCUAUGAUAUUUUAUUGUUUAACAAGUUUUUAUUUUAUUUCAGUA